GAACGGCGUUUUUCUACCGCCGGAAACGCUUUUUCCGUCUACUUCACUUACACGACGAACCUUCUUACUGCUUCUAAAGGUUUUAAAUUUGGCUGAACUCUUCAGAUGUAGUUUUCGUUACCGUCUUUGGUUAUGUUAUGUUAUGCUCAGAUCAACCACUGUAUAAUCUCGUUAUUGAUCAAAACAAUUGUAAUUUUUUCGCUAUAAAUUCAUUUAUAUUCAUCACAAAAAGUAAAUACUCUAUUAUUUUAAAUUUUAAUUUUAAAUUUUAAUUAAUUUUAAUUUUAGUAAUUGGGGAAAGUCGAAUAAGUUGGGGUACGGAUAGAAAUUCGUUAUUGAUCAAAACAAUUGUAAUUUUUUCGUUAUAAAUUCAUUUAUAUUCAUCACAAAAAGAAAAUACUCUAUUAUUUUAAAUUUUAAUUUUUAAUUUUAAUUUUUAAUUUUAAUUUUAGUAAUUGGGGAAAGUCGAAUAAGUUGGGGGGUACGGAUAGAAAUUCAUGCAAGAUAUACGUGAACUUCGCGUUUGAACACAGUUAAGACAGCUAAAAAGCGUUUUAGUCUCUUUUGCUUGUUCUUGCGUCAAGAAGACAAAUUUGGGCUUUUCGUCUGGUGUUUGGGCCUUUAAUGGGUUUUAGUUCUAACUUCUAAGCUGACUAUGCCGACAUUGGGUGCAUGCUAUUUAGCGACAAUAAGACGUGGUCACAUGCGACUCAACUCAUUGGGUUUUGGCUUCCCGACCAACUAUUGAUUUCAAACAUCUCAUGGCGAAUUCUUGUAAUGUGUUGCGUUCUUUGCAUACAUUGCAUGUUGUUGCAGCCGAUAAGAGCCGUAUUUGGGACUACAAACCUAACUCAUGUCGACGUAGAGUUUUGUUUUUUUAUUCUAAAGACGAACAAGAUGGACUUUUGUCUUUUCUAUUCAUGUUGCCAAAUGAUUUACGCCACUAGCUUACUUAGUUUCUUCUCUUCUUCUUACUCUCUUAUUUAGAUAUAAAGCUUAAUUAUUGUUCAAUCAUUCACAUGGCUCUCGGUAUUCCUAUUCACUAUAACCUCAAUUCUUCUUCUUCUUUUUUCUUUAUGUGACAGCCAUAGCCCACAUAGGUAAAAUACAUGGCAGCUGCAAUCUCUCUCUGACUCAUGUGGUAAACAAAAACUGCAAAAAUUUCAGAAGAUUUGGGGAUUUGUGUGUUUUUAAUAAUUACAAAAGUAUAUUAUAUAGACAUGUGCUUUCAGAAUCUUUCCAUCACUCUCUUAUCAUUUAAUGGAGCCCCUUGCUCUCAUCAAUCAUCAUCAAAGUGUUCUUUGUUUGCUACUCAACUAUUGCUCUUUAGAUUCAUUACUUAUUUAAAUGUUUUCUUUCUUUAAGAGCUACUUUCAAACGCUUCAUCAACCAAAUCAUUGAAAACAUUUUCUUCUCUGUUUUGUAUCUUAAAGACAACAAAAACUAACUCAGGAUGCUACAGAUUACUGGUAAGUACCGGUCAAGAUCAUCGUGCCGGUACCAAAAGCUAGGUCAUCAUUACGAGAAGGCGACGACAAGAACUAUAAGACAUAACUGGGGGAAGAAGAUCGAGGGCAGGUCAAAAGGGUUUAGACUAAACCGACCAAGGAGGCUGGUUCUUAAGGCAUUGGUUUUACCAAGAAGGAUCUCGAGCAUUUACGCUAGGAUCACAGAUAAAAUGAACAUGGAAGGUUUUUAUUCCAAUCUCGUUCUCUUUUCUCACUGGGGCUUCCCUAUUGUAUUAGAGAAAAAGCUCACAUUUUGACGUUGGUGACUUCGUAUGGACCAAAAGAUUUCACAAGAAGAGGACUAGUGAAAUUGUAACAAAAUGCUAUUUGUAAUCAUCAGCAAAGGUUGAUAAAGAACUAUUAUAAUAAGUCAUAUGAUCCUAAAUUGUAAACAAAAUUGUUUAGUAAGAUUUCUGUAAGCUUAUUUUGCAUUUUAACUAAAAGUUUUUUUUUAUUAAAAAGAAGUAUAAUAUGACUCAGAGAGAGAUUCCACACGAGUAUUCUUGUCACACUUACUAAAUGAACUAAAGUCACGAAUCAACCAUGCAUCAACUAAUCACCACGAGGCUUAUACCGGUUUAGUAACAACUCCAAAAACUCAUGAUCUUCUAAGUUUAACUUUCCUACAUAGUAUAUAUAAGUUCGUUUUCAACCCUUUAAAAUUGAUCAUAAGUGAUGGUUUUAAUAUCAGCUACUAUGAGAUAUCUCUUCCUAACAAUAUCUCCCAUGUUCUUCUUCCUUCUUACGAUCCUUGCAUCCACCGAGCCACGUCCAACUCCCAUACUAAGACAUGACAACCAAAGCAGCGACCUCUUCUCCGCCAUUUCCGACAUGAGAAGAGAAUCGUACUACGGUUUUGUCACACUUCUCCAUAUCCUCAACGAUACAGAUUUCGUCAGGAGCCAAGAGAUCACUUUCUUGAUGCCUAACGACGAGGAUAUAUCUCAAGCGGACAUGAGUCAAGAGAGUCUUGAGACGUUCAUCUUAAGACACACGAUCCCAGCAUGGCUUAUGAUCAACCACAUGCUUCGCUUCCCUAACAAGACUCUUGUCCCUUGUAGCAUCCCUGAUAGAAUGUUCACCAUUACAAAGUCAGGCGGGUCGGGACUUUUUGUGAAUAAUGCGAGGAUUGUUUCUCCUAAUAUUUGUCAGAACUCUCGCAUAUCGUGCCAUGGAAUCAGCAAUGUUAUUAUGUUCAAUGAAGACUCGUUUCCAAAGGGAAGGUUAUCACCCAAAAUGUUAUCAUCAAGAAUCAAUUCGUCGAGGCACUGAAACUUCUUUCUCUUGAUCAACUUCGGAGGGUGUGAAGAUGUUCUAAUAUGCUUUUUAAGAAAAUAAUAAGAGUUGUAGAUUUGUCAAAAAAAUCAUGUAACAGAGCUGCAGUGUGACCAAUAAACUCUAGACUGUGUUUUCCUUCA